AUAGAAAAUAUCUGCAUCAUGUAUUGCAAUUGACAGAUAGAUCAUUAAUCCCAAUAUAUAUAAAAUCUCGGUACUCUUUGGGCUAAUUUGCUGCUUAUUAACACUCCUUGCAUUCUCCCAUUCAUCAUCAAUAUCAUCCUUCCUCAUCAUAUAUAUAUGUAAAGAGAGAGAGAGAGAGAGAGAGAGAGAGAGAGAGAGAGAGAGAGAGAGAUCAGAUCCGAUCGGCCGAACGAUGGAAAUCAUGAAAAGGGUGAUCAUGAUGAUCAUUUUGUUGCUGUGUUUGAUGAUUACUGCAAUAUUCACAGGAGCAGCGAAUGUCGACGUUAAUGUAACAAGCAAUAUUAUGAACUCAUCAUGUCAAGCAGACUGUGGGAAUAAUGUUAUUAUUCCAUACCCUUUUGGAAUAGGAGCUGGCUGCUACGUUGACCAUUGGUUUGAAGUUGUCUGUAUUAAUAAUAACAAUACUGACUCGUCGGCCUCCUCCGCCUCGGGCUCAGGCCCUCCCAAACCAUUCUUGAAAAGGUUCAACCUGGAAGUGCUGGACAUUCAACUUGAAGAAGCCACAGUUCGCGUCAACUAUCCGAUAUUUUCGAAGUGUGACAAUUUCACGAGCACGACAGGCAAUCAUUCGGAGUUAGUAGAAAGCCCUUUCGUUUUCUCGGACCGCACCAACAAAUUUAUUACGAUGCCCACGAGUUGCGACUUGAUCACUACCUCAAUAUGGUCCCCAGAUGGCUCAGUUUCAUAUGGUGGGUGCAAGUCCCUUUGUGGUAGCCAAAGUGGAUUAAUAUUAAAUAGUAGAAGCAGAUGCGGCAACCGUACUGACUGCUGCAAAACCACAAUCCCUUCAAAUUGUGGUGGUUUUAUUACGAAGAUAGAGCAACCUAUUACUUCAUACAAUACCAUUGAAGGAUGCAAAUAUGGAUUCUUGGUAGACUAUUUGUGGUUCCUGAGUCAGUUCGCAACUCCAACCCCAAAUAUGUCAGUUCCAGUGGUAUUGGAUUGGGGAUUGCCAAGGCAUAUGAUGGAUCCACCUCUCGACUUUGUAAAACAGAUCGAGAUUAUCCCACUUUUCAGGGUUACUCUACCUUUAAAUGUUUUUGCAUGUCCGGCUUUAAAGGAAAUCCCUAUCUUCCUGAUCAUGAAGGAUCAUGUCAAGAUAUUGACGAGUGCGCAGACCGAACGCUCAACAAUUGUGGUGAUAAUCGUUCAUGUGUAAAUACUGAUGGCUCUUACCUCUGUAUCGCAGCUAAGGAUACCAGGUUUUCCAUUAUUAUCGGAAUUAGCACGAGCCUUGGAGUAUUAGUUAUACUUAUAGGCGGAUGGUGGUCAUACAAAGUUGUAAAGAAAAAGAAGAUGAUUAAACAGAGGGAGAAGUUCUUCAAACGAAAUGGUGGACUUCUAUUACAAAAACAAUUGUAUUCAAGUGAAGGGAAUGUUGAAAACAACAAAUUGUUUAGUUCAAAAGAUUUGGAGAAGGCCACCGACCAUUUUAAUGCAAAUAGAAUACUUGGCCAAGGAGGACAAGGAACUGUUUACAAAGGCAUGUUGACGGAUGGAAGAAUUGUUGCAAUAAAAAAGUCCAAGAUAAUUGAUGAAGGACAACUAGAAGAAUUCAUUAACGAAGUUGUCAUUCUUUCACAGAUUAACCAUAGGAAUAUAGUUAAGCUGCUUGGUUGUUGUUUGGAGACAGAAGUUCCUCUACUAGUUUAUGAAUUCAUUCCUAAUGGAACUCUUUCGCAAUAUCUCAGUGACCAAAAUGAAGAGCUUUCACUGACAUGGGAAAUGCGCUUACGAGUUGCCAAGGAAGUUGCUGGAGCUCUCUCUUACCUACACUCAGAAACUUCAUCUCCUAUUUAUCAUCGGGACAUUAAGUCCACAAACAUACUCUUAGAUGAUAAGUACAGAGCAAAAGUAGCAGACUUUGGAACUUCACGAUCCAUUACUCUAGAUCAAACUCACUUGACUACAAAAGUUCAAGGUACUAUUGGAUACUUGGAUCCAGAAUAUUUCCAGACAAGUCACUUUACAGAAAAAAGUGAUGUUUAUAGUUUCGGUGUUGUCCUUGCUGAGCUCUUGACAAGCAAAGAAGCCAUAUCUUCAACAAGGACACCAAAAAUCAAAAGUUUAGCCACAUAUUUUAUUUGCUCAGUUGAAGGGAACCAUCUUUUUGAUAUUCUCGACAAUCAAAUUUUGAAGGAAGUCGAAAAGGAAGAAAUUGUUGCAAUUGCAAACCUUGUAAAAAGGUGUUUGAACUUGACCGGCGAGAAACGGCCUACGAUGAAAGAAGUUGCAAUGGAGUUAGAGGCAAUUAAAACUUUGGGGAAAGCUUCUAACUUUCAACAAAAGUCGUAUGAUGAGAACGAAUACGUCAAAAUUGAAAUGUACGAAGAAUGGGAUGUUGGCUCUACCUCAAGUACUAGUAGUACUACAUAUAUAUAACAUACUUCAUGCAUAAAUAGUGGAAUAACUUGAUCAUGAUCUAAUUUAGACGCUCAACCGUAAUUGUUUUCUUCUUAAUCAGGAUGCAGGGUCAAAUAUAAUUUUAUGCCGUAUCAUAUUGUACUACUUAUUUAAAUUUGUACUUAGUAUUGCAGAAUUUGCUCUAUUCAUUGUAUAUUAAGAAUAAUUCAAUAAAUUUAUAAUCUCUGUACAUAUGGAUUGACAUUAGUACGACUAGUAAAAGAUUGAC